AUGGCAAACGAGAGAGAAUCCAGAAAUCCAACUACCUCCAAGAAUAAAAGUGACCUUGAGACACUUUCGUUAAAUUACCUACGAAGUCAAAAUAUUUCACAAAUAUCCGAUGACGACCGUAUGCCAAAAUUCCAUCUGUGCAAGUUCUGCAGUAAAGCUAUGUUCAGAUUUCAAUUCGAAGUAUUCACAAUAUUGCGUUGUGGCCACUUGCUCCAUAGAUUGUGUGUUGAAAUGCAUAUUAUUCGGGGAAAAACAAAAUUUCCUUCAUGUCCUAUUUGUAAAGCAGAUAUUGAAAUUCUUAAAGAAGAGUUGCUCCUAGCUUCCGGUGAAUAUGAUAUCUUACCCAGAAGUUAUGAUAAAGGAAAAGCCUCCUAG